AUGCAAGUACACAAGAUGGAGUCCGUCAACAAGGCUGGACAGCUUAUGAGUCUUGCGGCUCUACAACAAUAUGAUCCGUAUAUUAAUAAGCUUCUCGACGUUACCGGACAGGUAGCAUUGUACAAAUUCAAUUCUAAGGCAAACGAAUGGGAGAAGACCGACAUAGAGGGCACCUUAUUUGUAUAUGCCAGGUCAGCAUCGCCUCAUCAUGGCUUCACCAUUAUGAACCGUUUAAGCACAGAAAAUUUGGUGGAGCCAAUCAACAAAGACCUGGAGUUUCAGCUGCAGGAUCCAUUCCUCCUGUACAGGAAUUCUAACUUGGGGAUCUACAGUAUUUGGUUUUAUGACAAGGCAGACUGCCAACGUAUCGCCCAGCUCAUGGUUCAGAUCGUGAAGCAGGAGGCGUUGCGGGCCCAGCACGUGUCACCAGACCGAGGCCUUCUCAACCGGACCAACGGCUGCGUGGACACCAAACCCAUCGACAUCCUAGAGCUCCUCAGCAAAGCCAAGGAGGAAUACCACAGGAGUCAGAUUGGUGAAGCAGAGGUGUCGGUGAACAUAGAUGUGAAUCAGAACCAUGAUUCAGGACUGAGAGGAAGUGGAGAGUCUACUGAACACACAGCUACUUCAGCCCCACAAGAGAAGCCUUCUCACACAGUGGUGAAACAGAUCACCGUAGAGGAGCUCUUUGGCAGCUCUUUACCCAAAGAGCCAGCAUGUCCUGCUCCAACUGCCCAGAAUCCCACCGACCCAUCCCAACCAGAGGGCUUCCUGCGUGGGGUGUCCUACGGCCCUCCACCUCUUCCCCUGGAGCCACUCCUCACUCCUCGCCUCACGGCAGACCCGGGGGGCAGUGACCGUCCUCUUGCCCCAGGCCUGGUCCCUCUGCUUCAGGCUAGCGGUCCUAGGGACCCUCAGUCCUCUGUUUCCCCACGGCUGGUGGCCCAGAGCGGGGCCGAGCUGCCUACUGGACUGGGGGCUCCACGUGGUCCUAAUCCUGGUUCUCAGCCAACCUACAUGAACCCUCUCAAAACAGACGGGCACUCCAUACCCAUGCCAGGCCUGGCCCCCAGCUUCCUGCCCAGCCCGCUCGUCACACCUCAGAGCUUCAGAGAGCCCGUCCCUAAACCCCCAGGAGCCUUUGCAGGCAACACCGCCACACCUGGACAGAGUAAAGAGAUGGACACUUUUUCACAACCCCAAAGUUUGGUUAAACCGAUUCCUACUGUCUCUAUGAAGGCCGGGCUCGUGGUGCCAGGGGCAGAGCCCUCACUGUUACUCUCUCCAAGCGCUUUCCAAAAUUCUUCCAGCAAGACAAUAGAACAGCCAAGAAACCCCGCCCAUCCGCCAUCACCUCCAGCAACAUUAGGAGGAGAUCUUCCAACUGCACUCUAUAGCCGAAACCAGCUACAAGAUACACUGAUUCACCUGAUAAAGAAUGACCCCAGUUUCCUCAAUGCCAUCCAUGAAGCGUACCUGCAAACACUCUCCAAAGACCUGAACAACGUAAAGCUAUAGCCCAAAGGGCUCAGAUGUUCUGACUGUAAGAGUAGACUUGUAAGAGUAGGCUCCGGUGCUGGAAAGCGCUUACGGG